ACAUUUUACUUUCUAUUCCGCCAUCGUCAUGAUUGGCCUCAAAUCCACCCUCAACUGCAUAGACAACUCUGGCGCUCUUAUUGUAGAAUGUGUUAACGUUCUAAAAAAUAAGGUCACCAAUGGCUGGGGAUCCGUCGGCGACGAAAUCGUGUGCGUCGUGCAACGCGCUCGUCCAAUCUCAGCCGCUACCCAAGCUUCCGUGAACGCUGUCAAAGUCCGACGAGGAGACGUUCGAAGGGCUGUCAUUGUGCGGACACGUAAAGCGGUCCGACGACCAGACGGUAGUGUCAUUCGGUUCGAUGACAACGCCGCAGUGCUUCUGAACAACAAGAGGGAGAUGUUGGGAACGCGGAUUGGUGGGCUUGUGAGUGCAGAUUUGAGACUGAAGGGGUGGGGUAAAAUUGUCAGUCUUGCUCCAAAAGUUGUAUAGUUAAUGCCUACAUAUAUAUCCUGGGACAUCUUUUCCUCUUGAAACGUCUAGUCCGAAGUCCCCGAACUCUCCGUCGUCCGGUGGGUCUUAACAGUGCCUGUAGCUGA